AAGGGACGGGUCGGGUCAGCUCUUUCUGCGCUAUGCUUUUGUCGUUUUACGAGGGAAAAGAGAACCGUGGGGAGAAAUAUGGACGGGACAGAUGGCAAAAAGGUAAUCGUUGGUAAAUUGAUCUAAGGUGGAAAAUUCCGAGGCAAGCCAACUCGUGAAUCACUGAUAGACUCCAGAACAUCAGAACCUCGCACACUGAGGCGUAAGAUAGAGCGAGUGCGAGUCCCAUUUAAUACUCAAAAACCCUAAUCCAAAACCGUUUGAUUGGGUUGUCCGACGAUGGCCUUCACUACUCGUCUCCUCUCCAAAUACCGCCAGAGAUGUUGAAAAACAUCUUUUUGGAGGUUAAGAAGAAAUUUGAGACAGCUUUGGGAAUACUCAAGAAGGAGAAGAUCACUAUUGACGCAGAUGACCCAGCUGCUGUCUCUCAGUAUGCAAAGGUUAUGAAGACAGUAAGAGAGAAGGCUAACUUGUUCUCAGAAUCUCAACGGAUCCAAUACACCAUCCAAACACGAACUCAGGACAUUCCAGAUGCUCGAACAUAUUUAUUGACACUGAAGGAUAUAAGGAUCAAGAGAGGACUUAUUGAUGAACUUGGUGCUGAGGUUAUGAUGAUGGAUGCUUUGGAUAAAGUUGAAAAAGAAAUUGGGAAACCUCUUACAAGGAAUGACAAGAAAUCAAUGGCUCUUCUUACGGCAGAAUUUGACAAGAUUAAUAAGAAGCUUGGAAUUCAGAAGGAAGAUCUGCCCAAGUAUGAGGAAGAAUUGGAGCUCAAAAUUGCCAAGGCACAAUUGGAGGAGCUUAAGAAGGAUGCUUUUGAAGCUAUGGAAACACAAAAGAAGCGGGAGGAAUUCAAGGAUGAGGCUAUGCCUGAUGUUAAGUCUUUGGACAUCCGGAACUUUCUCUAAAAAUUCAAAUUUGCUUUGGUGUUCCAGUUUGGAGGUUAACCUACAAGGAUGAACAAGAAAAACUGUUACAGAAUUGGGGAAUACCGUUCUGAUUUUGCUAUACUAAUAAUAAAAGAAGCAACUGGUCAUUUGAAAGUGCAAAACCAUCUCAUUUGAAUGAGUUAAAUGCUGUUUUAUGUUUAUGAUUUAACUACAUUCUGCAACAAGUAGUGUGGAAAUCUUUUUUAAUGUACAUGCCAUUGAGUUCUGUUCAGCAAGUGCUUUGUUUCUUUAAACUGAGAUAGCGUGGAAGAAUUUUCGGCUAUGGUUUGGUUCCUUGAAUUUGUGAAUCUUUGUAAAUGGAUUAGACGAUGGUGAAUCUUUGAAGCUAGAAGUCAAAUUCGUUUACUUGCAACUCAAACCUAAUCACCCAAGGGCAGGUUCUUAAUCUUAGCGCACCUCAAAUUCUGCCACUGUCAAGGAAAAAUGAACAGCCCUAAGUGCAUGACAGAAUUGAGGUCGUCAUCCACAGGGAUAUUAUGAGGUUGCAGCACUCUCUGAAAGCCCAAAAAAAUAAAAAAAUAAAGCUGAUAAGUUUUGUCAUUUGUUCCUGCAAAAAGACAUAUCACUGGCAAA